UCUUGCAGCUCUCCCACUAACAGCUGGAACUUCAGUCAGUUGAGACUUCGAAGCCAGAGCGGCUUUAUUGGUCACUUUGCUUGCUUUGGCACACUUCUGAUUCCCAGUAGGUCUGGGUUAGCUGUUCCUUUCCAGGACGUCGACAUUUCUGCUUUUCCUGUCCAGUGCGUGCUUCCACAGGGACUGGCCCUCCCAAUAGACAAAGUGAGGCAGAUAUCGGGAGGAGCAGAUUUUCUGAUCCAUUUGAGGUCAGACCUUAGAUCAGAAAAAGGGUCACCACCCCUCCAGCAGCAGGCAAACGACUGAAGAAACUGGCAGGAUACAGAAAGGCAUCGUAGAGCACGAGAUCGAGGAGAGAUCUAUUCACCGCUGGCAGGUCUGUUCAGUGGCUGAAAUGUUACUGCAUUUGGCUGGGACGAUUCUACUGUCUCUGCUCACUGCUGAAUUGCAAAGGAACAGAAAAAUCCAGACAAAUGGGGAGGCGAUCUUGGGGUCUCCUGGAAGAGAUGUAAGAAUCCCUUGCAGGCUUCCAGCUGGGCUGCUUACAUCACAGGCCGUGGUGACAUGGUACAAGGAGAAACAAGACCGAAGUCUGCGCAUGAUACACCAAGGUUUUUCGUAUUCAGACCCAGGUGGAAAGUAUUCAGGUCCAUCAAAUAAUUUAGGAGAUUGUUCUCUGACCAUCAGCAAUGUGCAAAAAAAUGACUCGGGAGUGUACUACUGUUUCAUUCCCACCUAUGCAUCUUUUAAUAUCCACCAAAAGACCAGGCUGAUUAUUACAAAUAUUUCUAGGCCAACCUUUUCUGUCCUGGUUCCUUCUGUCUCGAUGGAGGAUCAGCUUAACCACAGCCUCCCGCUCCUCUGCCUCAUCUUUGACCCAAACCCUGCUUGGGAAACUGUCUCCUGGGAUAUUGAUGGAGAAACAUCUCGGGUCCAGAAGGACGUUGACAUCAUAGAGGAGAAUGGAGUUUUCAGCAUCUGGAGUUUAAAGAUGGUUCCUGCCAAGACAUGGGCCCAGCGGACAGCUGGUAGCUGCUCAGUCCAACAGGACAGAAACACAGGGAACUGCAAUCUUGUGUUAUAUCUCGGAGUACCCUGUAUUGUCAUCCUCCUAGUCAUUCUUUCCUUCAUCCUUCAUUUCAGAAAACAUCUUGCCAGAGGGAAGGCAGGACAACCAGCAAAUCAAGUACGCAUGAGGGAGAUCCCACAGACGGAUUAUGCAGAAUUGCGUUACAACAGCUGAAAUGUGCUUCAAAUGGACUACUAUGGUAAAAACUGACAUCAUUUUCUGAAGAAGAGAAGAGAGAAGCAGAAGGAAAGCUAAAACUCCAGAGUUUACGGUCAUUUAACUUGCUAGAUGUAGAGGCUGGUAUUAAACACCACCUUGUUUUCUA